UACGGCUCACAUCACAGGAUAAAAGACCCACAAAAAAUGUCCUCUUAAACCAUUUUCAGUUUCUAAAUAAAAAAUAGGGACAAGGGAACUCCAAGGAUGGCGAUUCCUCUCAUUUUUCUCUAGAAUGGAGCGAGAACAACGGAGGCUGGCCACGAUCUUCUCCCACCUCAGUCCCAGCCGUCAAUUAUCUCAGCAUCGACGGCUAGGAUCCCUCGAGCCCUCCGCCGCGUCCAGUGAAAAUGGAGCAGAUAGUAGCUCAUGUGUCUUUUGCAAGGUUGCUCGAGGAGAAUCUGCAGCUGUUAAGCUUUAUGAGGAUGAUAUGUGCAUGUGCAUUCUGGAUUCUAAUCCAUUGACCAACGGGCACUCUCUCAUCAUUACAAAAUCUCAUUAUCCCUCUUUGGAUGCAACUCCACCUCAUUUAGGGCAUAUGUGAGACAUGACUGGAUGUAUUGAGCAAACAAGGUUUGUUUUGUGAUCAGAAAACUAACAAAUUAUACUUUUGUGAGCGCUGUAUUUU